AUGGAGAGAAAGUCCAGUCGCCGAAAAUCGAAACCAUCGAAGAUCACAGACCGGAAGGGAUCGGAGACUGGCUCUUCCAAUGCACCUCCUAGAAGGACAACAAAAGAUUGGCCCUACAGCAUUCUGAUUUGUCCGCUGAUUGUAUGCAUCUUGAUCGUGUUGCUUUUCCUCCAACAGUUCUCCGCGCCAGACCCAUUGCGCUCUGUACUCCCCUUACCUGGCACUCACCAUGAAGAAACGCUACAUCCCAAACUACACAGCCCUGACUUGUCCCGCCCGAGGAUAGAACUUCAACCCGAAGACCAUAUUUAUCGGAGCGCGGUGACACGACAUCUCGACUGGGUGGUUACUGCCGACCACCUUCGACCAGACGGGGUAUCGAAACGGGUCUAUCUCGUCAAUGAUCUUUUUCCGGGACCUACUAUCGAGGCUCGUUCUGGUGAUACCCUUAUCAUUAACGUCACCAAUGCACUGCCAGAGGAGUCAAUCGCUAUCCACUGGCAUGGACUGCAUAUUCACAACGCAAUGGAUGGUGUUCCCGGAGUGACACAAAGUGCCAUCCCCCCCGGAUCCACAUUCAUGUACAACUUGACUAUUCCCCAUGAUCAAAGUGGCACCUUUUGGUAUCAUGGCCAUACUGGGACGUCGAGGGCGGAUGGCCUAUACGGUGGCUUUGUCGUGCAUGCCCCUGCUUCCAGAGCUACUGUUCGCGGACUCAUGUCCCGUCACAGCGUCGAGUCCGUCCCAUAUGGUUACGAGAGGGAGUUUCUGCUCCUGAUUGGAGAUUGGUACCAUCGGUCUGGUGACCAGGUCUUAGCCUGGUACAUGAGCAUUGACUCUUUCGGGAAUGAGCCAGCGCCCGACUCGCUGCUAAUCAACGGAAUGGGCAACUUCAACUGUUCGAUGGCCGUGCCUGCUCGACCAGUCGACUGUAUCGAACAAGACAACAACCUUUCAUAUUUAACAGAUAUCGAAACAGCUUAUAGAUUGCGCGUGGUCAACACCGGCUCCCUAGCAGGAUUCACCCUAUCAUUCUCAAACAACCACCUAACCGUCAUCCAAAUAGACAGCACCGACAUCGAACCCCAACAAGCCUCCUCAGCAGGUAUCCUCUACCCAGGUCAACGCAUAGACAUCAUCCUCCCGCCUCCAAAAGACAACUCUACGUCUCUAACAAUCCACCUAGACGAAGAAUGCUUCAACUUCCCAAACCCAGCCCUAACCCCCACCCAAACAAUCCCCAUAGCACCCUCCUACUCCCCUCUUCCCGAGAAUCUCCCCCAAGACAGCCAGAUAGACCUCCACAAUACCCCCUCAACGCCCUCGCUCCUCUCCCAACUUCCCGAAAAAGCUAGCCAAACCCACGUAAUCUACACUAAGAUCCAAAAACUAAGCAUAAACCACAACAUCCCCAACGGCUUCUUCAACCGCACUUCAUGGCGCCCACAGUCCCAGCCCCUAAACACCCUCCCGCGCAACAAAUGGGACGAGAACCAAUUCUCGUUCGCCACGGAGGCCGCAGGAUGGAUCGAUCUGGUGGUGAAUAACCUAGAUGAGGGGGGCCAUCCGUUCCAUCUGCAUGGGCACCAUUUCUAUGUCCUUAGGGUCCACGAGGCCUCGAUAGGCUGGGGCUCGUAUAAUCCGUUUGUGGAUUCUGAUCCGCCCGGUUUAGAACCCGGGUCUGGGUACGAUCUCUCGCGGGCGAUGCUUCGGGAUACGGUGUAUAUUCCGAGUAGGGGGUAUGCAGUUUUGCGGUUCCGGGCGGAUAAUCCGGGAGUGUGGUUGUUUCAUUGUCAUAUCGUGUGGCAUUUGGCGAGUGGGAUGGCGAUGGUGGUUGAUGUGGGGGAUUCUAUUGGCUAG